CAUAUCCUCCAUUCGCAAGAUGGAGGAUGAACAUGACUGAAAGCGUGAUAUUGGUUUAAAAAAACAUUAUUUCUUAUGUGAGCUUUAUGUUGUAAUUUAUUUAUGACCGUAAUCAUUUUCUAAACAAUCAUGACAAAUUAAAAUACACGGUAAAUGUUAAUACGUGCGCAAUGUAGUUUGUAGAGCGGUCGUUACUUCCGCUUAGUCUCAAAAGACUUAAAGAUCAGCUGUUUUUUUAGUGAUAGGUUUGUUUGUUCUUUCAAUGAUGGUUGUGAACUAGAGGGAAAAAAACAUGCCUCAGGUUUCGGUUAAUUAUAUUUUGUUGUGCGGGCAGAUUUUGUUGCUUUUGACAGUGUUGUUAAUACAGUGCUUUGGUCAAAUAAAUUCUCAAAUAGAGAGUAGCACAUAUGGAAAUAACGUUACAUCUCGUAUCACAACGGAUGAACCUUUCAACGACUUGGAAUACAAAGACCCAACUUCACCGGUAGUUCUCUGUGAAUAUCUGCCAGAAGAGUUCAUAUACUGUCAGGAGCCAGUGGAUCAUGCUGGAAAUCAUACAGCUUUUGUGGAGAUGGGUCAUGGAUGUGUGAAGUUUGGUGGGCAAGCUUACAAAGAUGUAGACCACACAAAGGUUUUGUGCACAGCACUGGAGAAAAUUGAGUGUGCUGGACCCCGUGAGUUUUUGAGGGGGAAUGAGCCCUGCAUUAAGUACACGGGACACUACUUCAUUACCACACUGCUGUAUUCCUUUUUCCUGGGCUGUUUUGGGGUGGAUCGGUUUUGUCUGGGCCACACGGGCACAGCUGUGGGCAAGCUGCUGACCUUGGGAGGACUGGGCAUCUGGUGGUUUGUGGACCUCAUCCUUCUUAUCACUGGAGGACUGAUGCCGAGCGAUGGCAGCAACUGGUGUACUUUUUAUUAAAGACAGCAGGAGAGGACAGGAGUCGCUUUGAUAUUCUGAACUUCGAAGCAGAGGCUUUUGCGACUAACUUCAGUGGUCUCUUAAAUACCGGUGUGUGUUGCAAUGAUAGUUCUCAGAUAUGGAAUGAGUGUGCAAAAGGAAAAGUAACACUGUGAUAUCUUGCGACUUCUUCUGUUUGACACGCUGAAGAUGUGUGAAAUCUCCUGUAAUAUGCUUUAAACCACCCACACAAACAUUCUCAUGUACUGUUUUUCUUCUGGAUCAAGGACAGCCUCUGGAACACACUGAAGUUUAGGACCACUGACUUGUUCCAAGGAUCCCUCUUAGAAAAGCAAGAUUGAUUAGCUGAUUAUCUCGCAGAAAGAAAGAUUUGGUGUCCUUCCCAGUACAGACCGAAGUGCGAUCAGUUCGAUAGAUUUAAAGAAACAAAAGCUGGUUGCAAUUGAGUCUUAAUUUUAAAACUGCAUGUCUAGGUGCUUUAACUGGAGGCACUCAAAUAAACUGACAAACUAAUAGGGUUCUGGAGUGUCUAAACUGGUAAUUUUGUGAAAAGCUUUGGUCUGUGUAAUAUAGGUUUAUUUACACUUACUCCUUUACUUUGACAGUUUUAGUAAUGGAGGAUCUUAAUUCCAACAAGGUCCAUUUCUUUCCCUUUGAAUUGAAUGUUUUUUGUUUGCUGCAGGUUUAAAAGUCAAGCCACUACUUGUAAAUGAUCCAAAACCCAGGUUUUAUUACUUUCUUCCAUAAGUCUUAUAUUUUGUGAUGGUAAGAGUAUAAGUUCCAAAAUGUCCUUUAAUAGCUGUUCCAAUGAUUUGUUUUUAUAACUGGAGCCCAACUGAACAAGAAUGAAAUUCCGUAAGAAAAAUAAGAUAAAUCCCGAGGUAUUCCAUUUGAAGGUAGACAUGCUAAUAAAAUAGUUUUUUUUAAAUA